AUGGGAAGCCUCAAGCUGGAGGUCCUGGAUAAACCGAGUAUAGACAAGCCAUUCUCAGAAAUAUUCCUUACGGAGAGCCAGCGCCCACCCUCAUGGAUGGACCCAUUCAUUGAUUAUCUAACUAAGCAUAUCGAGCCACUGAACUGGACCAUCGCCACUAGGCUCCGCAGGAGGGCAACAGUAUACAAGGUCCUUCCCACUAUUGAAGUGCAUCUCCCUCGAGGAGGGGCAGCGAGUCCCGCUAUCGCUGCACAGUGGAGUUUGUGGCAAUCACACGGGCACGAGAAACCUGGCAUUCAAGAUAACGGUGCCCAGUUCAACAACAAUACACUCAGGGACUUCGUUGGCCAAUAUGGCACCACGAUCCGAUAUGCCUCCCCCGCGCACCCACAAACAAAUGGCCAGGUUGAGGCAGUCAACAAGAUCAUCAAGCAGAACUUGAAGAAGAGGCUGGAUGACGCCAAGAGUCUCUGGGUAGAGAAACUACCCGAGGUACUGUGGGCGAUAAGGACGAGUGGACGACCCCCACAGAAGCCAAUGGCGAGUCCCCUUUCUGCAUGUCCUUUGGCACCGAGGCAGUGA